AUCUAUUCUUGUGUGAAACUUUAUUGGCCCUCGUAGCGGAACCAUGCUAUUUGUGAGUCUGUACGUGUGCGCAUGCGUAACAGUGUCCUCCUUCGCCGGUUGCAAAUUAGACGUCGUCGAGCGUUCUAAAUACCCUUUUGUUCAACAUGUAUUGCGCUAAACUAUGCACACCAGCUACACAGGCACUGAUUGCCAGAAGCUCCAGAGUCCUUGUCAGGCCACUCGGCAGUCUAAGUAGUCAAGAAAACUCAAAAAGUGCACCGAGGCGUAAUUUGGCAACAUACAGUGGUCUUGCUGGUCUCAGUGCUGUAGCAACACCUACAACAAAUGUUGGAGCACUAGUUCAGCAGGUUCUUAAUCGCGGCAUUCAAACGACCGCUGUACAGCAAGAUGUUGAGGCUGCCGCUAAGUUCAUUGGUGCCGGAGCAGCCACGGUGGGUAUGGCUGGUUCAGGAGCUGGUAUCGGAACGGUCUUUGGCAGUUUCAUCAUUGGUUAUGCCCGCAACCCUUCAUUGAAGCAGCAACUAUUUACUUACGCCAUUCUGGGGUUUGCGUUAUCUGAAGCCAUGGGGCUUUUCUGUCUCAUGGUAGCUUUCUUGAUUCUGUUUGCUCUGUAGAUUAAGACUCUUAAAGAUGCUGUGUUUUGUUUGAAAGAUGAAUAUGGUGCAUGUUAGCAGCACAUGAGAAGGAAAGACUGUUUUUCUUGGACCUACUCAGGAGGCCAGAGUCUAGGAUUGCAUUUUAAUCCCUUUAUAACUUCGUUUAUGUUAAGAGUUGAUAUUUACAAGAAGAGGAUGUGUGAAUAUGAAAUGGCUUUGUGCAUCGAAUUCCCAGGCUAGAUCACACAGGAGUUUACUUCCCCUUGAUUGAAUCAGUAGACCAGAAGACCAAACUUUAAUGAUUUGAAAAAUCAAAAUCAAAUUGAAUUAGUGUACAAAUCCAGUUUUGCACAUUACUGAGCAAUGUCAAAGUAAAUAGUUAUAGGUUUGAAAGUUGAAAGUCAGUGGGAAGAUUUUAUUUGAAUUACCAGAUUAAUACAGUUUUCUUUGCUGUACUUUUUAUUUUAAUAAGUGAGGUUCCCAAUGAUUUUCUUGUUCUCCCAUUGCUUAGGAAUAUUUGAUCCUAAAUUUUGUUACAACUGAACUUCUACAAUUGCUCACACGAGGAGACUGCCUGGAGUGGUUGUUAAUAACACCAAAACAAUGAUUAGUGUUCAGAACUCUCUUAGGCCGAUGUAAUCUCCACCGUAUGGAGCUUUUGUGUAGUUUUUACUGGCCAAAUGUCAAACCAUCAAAUGUAGACGUUAGUUCCGCAAACAUUCUCAUUGUGUCCGUAUACAUGUACAUGUACUCACUGCCGUUGCAGACAUUCUGGUAUAGAUAAAUACAUGCGUACCAGUAGCUCCUUGGGAAGAAGCGAUACUGAAAGAUUUGACAUCACCCUCCGGUGCAUACAACACAUGAUUUAUUUUAUUUGCAUCUUAAUUUAAUUUGGCAACUGUAAAGUUUAAUUGAUGGCCAUACUAGCAAGCAAGUGGGUUGGAGUUAGUUCUUGGUUUCAUGUUUAUGGUAACAUUAAACAAUUGUGUGAUUGAACUUCCCGCGAAA